AGCAUUCAUACAUAAAUACAUGCAGUUUGGAUUAUGUACAUAAACCAUUUAUGAUGAGGAAAUGUUUUUUAGUACGUUGUGUUUUUAUGUCUUGGAUGGUUUUAAGUUUUCAUUCAAAUCCAGUUAUCACUACGUUUACCAUCUCGGGUAACAGCACUGGACCUGACGGGGCAUCGGUGUCUCAGGGCGACAACUUAAAGAUGACUUGUUCCUCGUCAAGAAAUGAUAUUCUUGUUGUAGACUGGUACAACAAACCACGCGGCAAUGGCUACUACCGAAUGUCACCCACAGUAGUAAUGAAAGUGGAUACAGGAGGAAAAUGUCUCUUUAACCCAAACUACCCAGUUCCUACCAACAUGAACUGCGGCUGUGUGAGCAUCUCCCAGUACACGUGUACUCUCAUCAGUGUGGAGACGGACAUGAAGGGCGAUAUGUGGAGGUGUAGAUUUACAUACGGCACUCAAGCGUCUUCGGUGUUUGCGAAUACUAAUGAAUUGACUAUUGAUUUGACAGUUGGCAUAACGUCGACAGUAAUUUCCUCUCCGAUCGUCAAUCCCGUGUCCGUUAUAGUGAACACAGAAGGCAUAUUCCAGUGUCAGACGUCACCUGGGAACCCUGUAGCCUCUGUCGUUUGGUACACAGACAACAAAACCUCUGUUACAGCAGACGACACACAAAUAACCUCUGGUACAAGUACAACAUCAACACCGGUUGGGGAUCUGUUCGUGACACGAGGGACCCUAACUCUACAGGUACAGAGAGAUGACCAGGACUUGGGCGUUUACUGUCGCGCAAGAAACAUGGAACAGUGGUUCACUUCAGGAACAAAGAAGAUUAAUGUUCUUUACGGCCCUCAUCCUCCUGUGUGCAAAGCCAACAAUGUCAACGUUUCACCAUCGUUGAGUGUCAUUAUUGGCAGCAUGUUCUCAAUAUCCUGUACGGCUGACAGUAACCCACUGCCGAACAUAUAUCUACUAUCUGGACCAGAGGGGAAUAACAUAGCGCUGAGCUUUACCGGCAUAGCGAUGACACAGGCAGGAUCGUACACCGUUGAGACCAAAAACAGUAUGUCCGCAACUGGGAGUGGUAGUCCGGUUACUGGCCGAAACUCGACGUCCUUUUCCAUCGAUGUAUUGUACACGCCCUCGAUGCCAACCAUACACGUGAAUGGUAGUGCCGUAAAAGGUACGGUGAAUAUCAUCGAAGGCAACAGCGAGGUGUUCAACUGCAGCACUGACAGCAACCCGGCGAGCAACUACAGCUGGAUCUACCCACGUGGAUCCACGACUAACAGAGUAUUGCAAUUAACGAAUGUCCAACCUGACAUCGACGACGGGGACUACAUGUGCAAGGUUCAAAACAAAUUGGUACCUUCUUUCGGCAGUUUCCGGAACGGGGUGAAUAUAACAACUAUAACGAUCAAUGUCCUGUAUCCACCUCGCUUACCUACAUUCAAAUACGGGACAUCCGGAGGCCCAGACAUUUCCGACAACACCAUCGCCAUUGUAGGGGGACUUGGUGCUACAGUUGCCUGUGUAGCGCACUCCAAGCCUGCUCCUUCUAUCUACCUUUGGUCUGUUACACAGAUAAAUAGCCAGCUGUUGUCAUUGAGUAGUUUUAAUGAUAACACCACGGUCCAGUGCACUGCCUUUAACACUAUGACAGAAACAUACGGGAGCCCAGAAACCCGAACCAAUGUCUCAUCGCUGCGAAUCGUAGUGUGGCAAACUCCACAAGAUAUAACAUUGAGAUACCACUACGAUAAAAGCGGGUAUAUGACAGUAAAAGACAGUAUAAAAGUACUGGCUGGAGAUGCCUUUUGGUUAUCAUGCUCGGUGGUCAGUUCCCCUCCAUCAAUCUAUACAUGGACUAGUCAGACUGCAUCACCGUCGGGCAUAUACAAUAUAACUGGCGGUCUUUCCACCAGCCAGCAAGCGACCUGCUUGGCAGAAAACUUUAUGCAGACGACGUUCAAUGGAACAGUGCAUGGGACGCAGUCAGCAGAUGUACACGUUGAUGUUUUGUAUGGUCCCAAAACAAAGAUCUUACAAGACCUCAGCCUGGUAAGAGGAGGUAUGUUAGUUGUUCCUUGCUUGUAUACGCCCGGUAACCCUCCUGCUGUGUCAUUUGAGUGGACAAGGUCCGACACCAGCGCCUCUUGGGUAAAACAGAACACACAAAACUUGACAAUCGAAUAUGUUCAGCGCAGUGAUGAUGCCAGUUACACGUGCAAGGUGUCGAUUGUUCUUCAGCCAACAUUGACAACAGCAACGACUGUUAAGUACGAUACUGCAACAUUUCACCUAGAUGUACUUUAUGGGGCCGAACAUUUGAUUUUGCAACUCAACAACGAGUCCCACUCAUCUGUAGUAAUUGAGGAACAUUCAACCAACCAUAUGCGAUGUUCGCUAGAAAGUGACCCCGGCUCGUAUAUGGCCCUUACCAAGGACGGUACACAACUAAUUGCACGAAAUGAAACACAUCAACUGACAUAUGAUUUACGUGCUGAAUGUUCGGACAAGGGAGUUUAUACGUGUUCCGGAUACAAUCGGCAUGGGGCGGCGAAUAACGCGUCAAUGCACUUAUAUGUAAAAUGUUCGGCAAGGCGACCACCUGAGGUUGAUGUUCAACUCAUUUACAAUGCCCGCCAACAUGAAAAUGCAACUCUAGUGUACCAAAUAGUAGCCUACCCUGAGCCGAAGCCAGCACAAUUUGUGUGGAAGCGAUGUAUGAAUUCCAGUUGUGCACCUUUGACAAAUGACAUGAAGAAAUUUAAAAUUGACACAGAACGUCUAUCAAGUAACUUAACGGUGCUGGACGUUCAGAUCGAAGAUUACAGAAUUUACCAAUUGUCAGUGUCUAACGGAGUCGGUGAUUCACUAGUCGAACGGUUUCACCUUAGGCCUACAGAAAAGCCUGAUUUACCAACGGACGUCCACAUAAUUCAGGAUACAAUAACGGAUAGAACUGCUGUUUUGACAUGGAUCCCAGGAAUUGACAAUGGCUCUCCACAGGAUUUUCAUGUUUCUUAUAGAAAACUUGUUGAUGAAACCAGUUUGCUUAGACUUAUAGUAAAACAUGACUAUACGAAAGAGAUGUAUUACAAAAUUGUAAAUUUAGAACCUGGAACAAAGUACUUGGUUUCUCUGUUUGCGGCAAAUGAAGAGGGAUCUACUGCAUGGGUGAACGAUACUUUUCAAACUCUUGAACGUAUUUCUGAUAAUCCUGUAAGUAAUCCGAAUACUGGCUCUAUUGUUGGAGGGGCUAUCGGCGGAACUGUCGGAGCGAUCGUUGCCAUUGUUGUCAUUGUUGUCAUUCUCAGACGGCAAUAUUUUCUAAAAUGCUACAUUUGCCCGAACAAGAAAAGUGCUGAUUCUGAUGAGCAAACCGUAAUUGGUAGAGACAACCCCGGAUCUAACACAGCUGAGGCACACGAUGAUGUUUCCAUGGCAACAGGCACAUUGGUUUACGAUGUUCUUAGAAAUGGAGACAAAGGGUCCGAUAAUUCGCACGUUUACAUGACAUUGAAUGAGUCAAGUCAAGAGCCACAAGGGAACUACGAAAAUGUAAAGAAAGAAGAUCCCGUAUACAACCAUGCUGAACAGACGAAUCCGGUGCAAACAGGGCUAUAAGUGGAUUAUUAAAGGAGAAACACUGAUUUACUUUGCUAGCAAAAUAUCAAAAGCUUUUUCUGCAUCACUACAGCAUAUAAACCAGCAAUUAAAUGAGGAAGAAAUUAUUGAGAUUAGAAAAGAAAUAGGUUGUAAGGACAUCAGUAUAUCGACAGUAUAAUUAUGCUGUGAUAAGCAAAAAACCACAAUAAGUGACAUUACGAACAAGGCAUUGUGACCUAAUUACUUGAAGGUGACUUCGAACUGAUAUUUGUACCGGAUAUUACAUAAACGUUUUGAUUAAUUAUACCUUUAAGCAUAUAACAAUAGAACCCAAAAGAAAGUUUCACCAUCUAAUGCAAAAAAAUCAUAUUUACAAAUCUUAAGGCAUGUUUACAAAAAUGUACCUCCUUCUUGAAGUAUAAAUUGGUAUACCAUUACAAGUAAUAUAAAGUAAAUACAAAAAGGGCCUUUUUAAUCCUUUAAUCACUUACCAAGCUGUGACUCGGACAAUCAACCAUUAUCGAAAAGUAUCAGCUUGAUCGAAGAAAAAGGGGAGAUAGAUAAAACAAAUAUGGAGGUUCUUGUGCACUGCAAUUCUUAUCAUUGUCAGCUAUCUAUACUUUAAGUUGUAAUUUAAUCCCUUAACUAUUUUCAAAGAAUUGGCCUGGUUAAGAAUCAUUAUCGGAAACGAAUUUACUAAAGAAGAAUGCUUGCCAAGAUAUUUGUUCUUGUGCUCUGCACUUUCUCUCAUCACCGUCUAUUUAUAUUUCAAGUUGCAUUUAAAUCUCUUCAGUACUUUCCAAUAUACGGCCAUUACAAGCACCGAUUAUGAAGUUAAAUUGGUUAAGAUGGGAGAACUUAUUAAAUAUACAUGAAAUGAGUACGGCUCGUUUGCACUACACAUCCUCUCGUUGUCAUCAAUCUAUAUGCCAAGUUCAAUUUCAAUCCUAUCUGUAGUUUUGAAGUUUUGAAAUUGGAAAGGUGUGCACCAUGCGAAGUGCCAUUCGUUUUCAAUUUCUUUCAACCAUAACUCGCAGGCGUAAUAAAAUAUUGAUCAAGGAAAAUGCUCUCGGACACCACCGAUAAUAUCAAGUUCCUCUUACCAAGGCCAAUCAUUAUUAUAGAAACUGUCUAUACGUAGGGCUGAUUAAAAUUUCUGAGAGAAGGUUAUGCUUUUGAGCUGCUUAAUGCAUGGAUCGGCCCAAUAUUACAAUAGGCUCGAUUGCUGUCAUAGUGUUAUACCUUGUAUGUUUGAUGCCUACAUAGGUCCUACAUUAUUAUUUGCCCUAUGAUCACUAAAGGGAUAUGUUUGGUUUUGCUCAAAUAAAACCACUUCGAUCGUGUCCUGAUUCAUUGUUGAUCUGUUUAAUAUUCCUAGUUUAUUGU